GAAACUCGCCCUCGCACCAUUUGUCUCUCUCUUUUUUCCUCUACAAAGCUUUGUGCGAGUGAGACGUUGACUUGGUCGCCUUCGUCGUCUUCUCCGCCACCGCUUCUCCUUUGACUCCCACGCUCAUGGCGAAGUAGAGCUUUAAACGAGACCCUCGAAUUCCCCGUUUCCCUUGUGUUGGGUUUGCCCCAUGGGUUGCGCGAGCUCCGCGGAGGCGCGCGGCAAGGGGCGGCCCCGCAGCCGCGCCCCGUACGCGCGGACCUACUCCCUCCCUGUGGAUCGCCAUGGCGCCCAUGGCGAGUUCUCCUCUCACACCGUCGCGCUCAGAUCCUCCACCCUCGGCUUCCUCGUGCUCGACCGCGCUCCGAGCACCGCCGCCGCCGCCGCCGAGGUGGAGGAGGAGGAGGAGGAGAUUGCGAAGACGAGCUCCGACGAUCCCUCGAACGAAGCCGAUUCGUGGCCGGGGACGACGAUAGAGCUCCGGCGCCGGCGCCGGCUCCCGCCGCGCACGCCCACGGCGACGCCGCCGCGCGCGCCGGAGAUCAUCAACGCGUGGGAGCUCAUGGAGGGCCUCGAGGACGCGCUCCGCCCCUCCAUCGACCGCUCCUUCUCCUUCCACACCACGAGGGAUCCGCCGAAGCCCGGGUUCUUACCCCUCGAUCCGAUCGUCUCGGAGCUCGAUCCCGAGAUCUUAUCCUCCUUCCGCGACGCUCUCCAAAGCCCAUCGCCCCCCCCGUUUUCGACCAAAGACGGGAUCUUCGAUCCCCGGGAUCGGAGCAAACGCGAGAUCCCCGGGAUCGUGCGCGCGAGGAUCGCCGCGUUCCAGGAGAGGAUCGACGCGAGGAGGGCGAGGGCCAACCCCCCCAAUUCCGCGAAGGUGUCGCCCUCGACCCGAUCCCCGCCCCCGGGGGCCGAGCGCAGGGUGGUGCUCUACCUCACGACCCUCCGCGGGGUGCGUCGAACCUACGAGGAUUGCUGGGCCGCACGGGCGAUCCUGCAGAGCUACGGCGCGCGCGUCGACGAGAGGGACGUGUCGAUGCACGGGGGCUUCAAGGAGGAGCUGAAGGGGCUGCUGGGGGAGAGCUUCGCGGGGAAGCUCCCUCGGGUUUUCGUGGACGGGGAGUAUCUGGGGGGCGCCGAGGAGGUGAGGAGGAUGCACGAGGAAGGGGAGCUAGGGAGGUUGUUGUUGUCGCGGUGCGAUGCUGCCGCGGAGAAGGCGAAAGGGGGAGGAACGUGUGUAGGUUGCGGCGACGUGCGGUUCGUGCCGUGCCGUAUGUGCUCGGGGAGUUGUAAGGUUUACGUCGAGGAGGAGGAGGAGGUUCGGGGGUUUCGCCGGUGCCCGGAUUGCAAUGAGAAUGGGCUCCUUCGCUGUCCUCUUUGUUGCUGAAUAAGGGCAUGUUUGGUUGCACGAAAUUUAUGAACUCAACUCCAUUGGCUUGAGAGAUAGGGUCUGCAUGCGUUUCAGUGCAACGCUCGUUCUCGACUCCCCACUGGAUGGGGACGAAGUUUGAGAUUUGCAUGAGCUGUGACUUUCGCGCACAUGCGCCGUGUGUUUGAUUGGGUGUGGUUUACUGUACAUGUAUAGUGAUUGAUGCAGCCUCCCAGUUGCCGGGGAAGGCAAUGAGGAGGAUUGGGUUUUUUUUUUUUUUUUUUUUUUUUUUUUUUUUUUUUUUUNUUUUUUUUUUUCUGGAAACAAAAAAUAGAGGGAACUAUAGGUCAUUUUAAAUAAAUUUAUUAAUUUUUUUAUUUUA